CAGGGGCUUGCAUGGCGACACGGAGAGGAGGUCAUGAUGGAGAGACGCAGAGAGAAAGGGGGAGAGAGGAAAAAGGAGCAAGACAGGGGGAACUGAGAGGAGCAUCUGAGAGGAUAACUGCCUGUUUGCUCACUCUUGUCUUCUUGCUCCCCCUCCUGUCCGUUCACUUCCACUCACAGCACAGGCACAGCUCAGACAGCUAGGUAGGCACAGCGGAGCCCAGAGCUCCGAGGGAUGGAUAAAAAGGUUCCCACGUGAAAGGCAUGAAUCCACAGAAGAAGAGGAGAGUGAGAUAGAAUAAGCAGAGAGGGAAGGAGAAAGAGGCGAGGUGAGGAGGAGAGGGAGACGAGAGAGAGAGGAGCAGAUGGACUCUACACAGAGGAGAGGAAACGGUGUGAAGCUCACCGAGCGGCAGUGACAGAGAGGUGGGAAUAAGAGCAAACAUGAACGCCAGAGGGAUGGAAGAAUGGGCUGAAGAGACGUGAAGGAAUAGCGGAGAAGAGGAGCGAGCGUUUUGUGGGAGAACACAAGAGGGGAGACAGGAAGAGAGAGAUGUGGAAUUCCAUGGUCUUCAACCAUGAGAGAAUGAGUCACUGAGAGAAGAACUGAGAAGAGAAAAGAGUGAUCAAAUCAAAAGGAACGGAAGGAGAGCGAAAAAGAAGAGUUGAAACAGAUAGGCCAUUAUGGGGAAGUACGCAGGCCCAUCCCAUACUUUGGCCAUCCAAUCUCCUGAGGGCCCAGGGGAAAAAGCAGGCGGAGAAGGAGGGGCUGCCAAGUAGACAAGCCAAUGUGAUGGACACAGAAAGGAUGGACAGGCUGCAUUUUCUUCCUCCCUGCUUAUUUGCCGGUGACCUCUCCGGCCUCAUCAAGAGUUUGUCCCCUUAGAAAGUUAAAGAGAAAUAAGAAGCAAAAGUGCACAACUUCAGAAGACAUGGGAGAGCAUCACUUCUCUCAUUUUAAAGAGUAUUUAAUGCUGCAUAUAUUUAUUUUUGUACGAGGGUAAGAUAAAUGCUAACCCAAAGAGGUAAGCAUUUAUCACAGUGAUCUACACUUAAUUUUUACUUGCUGUGCUUAAUAUUACUACACCUUGAACUGUGAUUAUGGUAAUCCAUCCUUUCUAGAGGACAAUCUUAGUUGCAAAGGAAGCCCUUGUUGUAUAUAUUUGAGAUAACCCGAGCAGCUGCACACAAUCCUAUCUUAUAAAGUCUGUUCUGUGAUGAAACUGGAACUCAGUCAAUCAAUUGUACAGAUCUCUCACUGUUAUAAUGAAUAUAUAGUAAAGGGGAGAUCACUUUCCUUGUUGAAGCACUGACACAACUAGGCCUUCACAACAUCAAACUGCCUGCAGAGCCUGUGGAUGUUGGGGGAGCGAGAGACACAAGAGAAAUGGUGAGCAAAGAGCCCAACCACAUGCUCACGGGCCAAACCAACGGCAAGAGCACUUUGGCGGACAAGUUGCCCGGGACAAUGACUGUACGCUCUGUGCUGCUCAAUCGAGACUCCCCAGACAUCGAGAGCCGCCUCAAGCGGCGCCGCAAUCGUACCCACCAGGUCCGCUUUAAAGACCUGGAGGAUGGCAGCAGCAGCAGUGGCAACAGUGGAACGGGAGAAAACAAUAGCCAUCAGAGGCCUGCCACAGAAUGUGACAGCCCACAUCCUCUUCGCAAACACAGCAGCAGGUCCCCCAAGCCAUGGACUGACAGGGAUGGGCUACGGACUCAGAGUCUACCUGGCCAAACCUCUGUGGUGGGGGCUGUGCGUGGGGACAUGGCAAGUACUAUAGAGGUGGUGGCUGCUUUCUUAGCCAGGGCCCCUCCUCAUCCGUUGACGCCGGGUCCUACGCGUCGAUGCUGGGCACCACCACAGACUAACUCCCUGACCUUGCCAAUGACACGCAGGCCCAGUACGAGCACCAGCACAGCCAUCCAGACCUCCCCAUGCCUGAAAAAGCCCCCGUCCCUCUCUUCCACCCACACACGUAGCCACAGCCUCGGGGACUCGGUGGGCAUGGAUGGGGAUGACGAACAUGACUCUCAAGAUGAGUACCUUACGCACAACCACGUGUUGGUGCCUGGUUCCAAGGAUCAGAACGGUCCGCCUGGGCCUGGGCCUGGGGACCGAGCUGUGGUGGAACGGAGGUCUAAAGCCUCCAGGACAGACAUUAAAUCAGCUGUUAGUGUGGUAAAAAACAGGCACAGCUGUCCCCCUUCAGUGCUUCACAACACUGAGCCAUUUCACUGCUCCGCUGUAUCCUGUCGAGAUGGCCCCAAGCGUCAGGGAAGCAGCACUCCCACUCCACUGGUCAGGAGGAGGAAGCGUCUGAACAGGACAACAAGCGAUCCCGGAAAGGAGGUGCACUACUGCACCACUCCCACUCAGACUGAAAGCCCCAGUCCAUCCCCGCCACCCUCCAAUACCAAACUCUGUACCACUCAAGUUCAAACUGAGAGCCCUUCCGCCCCUGAAAAUUCGAAGUACUGCACCGCCCAAAGUCAAACUGAGAGUCAACAUAAAUCUCCACCUUCGAGUGACAAACAACGCACAACUCCAAUUCAAACAACCAACUCUCGUCCAACCCUACCUCCAAAUGCUGAACAGUGUACCACUCAAAUACAAACAGACUGUCACCCUCCUCCAAAUCCUGAACCUUGCACCACCCAGACACAAACAUGCAGCCCCUGUGCUUCCCCAUCUCUGACAAUAUCACUGAGCUCAAUGCAAAUUCAAUCUGAGAGUCCUGUUUCUCCAACUGUGACUCAAGACCCUCCCAACACCCAAAUAACUACUGUGCCUUACUGUACCUCUCCGCCACCUACACAGACCCCUGAACACUGCGCUACACCACCUUGCUUCUCUCCAGCCAAGCCAGCUUGCACCACCCCACCUCCACCCAUAGCGCUGUCCAUUCCUUGCUCCACUUCUGCACCUACUGUUGUCCAACACCCUAUCCCCUAUUAUACUGUCGUGUCGCCACCAACAACCCCUAGCGCAGCUGUUGUCUGCUCCAGUCCUCCCUCAACUGCACCAUCAUGCCCCAUCCAAAACUGCACCUCCCCUAUCCCAAGCAUAGUAUCAUCAGCUCCCCCGACCUGUCCCACCCCUACCCCAACAGUAACCCCCAAUAUAACUCCCUCUGAGCCCAUCAGACAUCCGACCACUGCCCCAAGCGUAACACAUCAGCCGCCACACAAUGCAUCAAACGCUACACCAUGCACAUUUGUAACUCAAACUGCCCUGUCAUGCACCUCCAUAUCAUAUUACUCCACCACCCAUUCAAUUAGUCCCCACGUCCCUCUCCCAAACUCUACGUCACCUUCUUAUGCCACUCUCAUACAAACUGUGUCUCAUUGCAACAUCCCAUGUCAAGCUCUGCAAAAUACCUCUUCUGCCAACACAGGCAUAACCCCCUACUCCUCCCCGGUACCCAAAUUAAAAUCUUGCACUUCUCCGCCUCCGCUUGUGAUAACACAUGCGUCCACUCUUCCAAUUGCACAACUGUGUGCGACACCAACUAAAGCUGUUCCUCUUUAUUCUUCCACAUUUCGUGCUGCACCGCCGUACACGCCCCCCUCUCAGGCGCCCUACAACGCUCAGGAUAAGAGGGGCAUUCGACUUCCACCUCCUCCCCCGCCGCCUCCACCUUACACACCACGCAAAACGGGAAGCGAUCCACCAGGUCCUGCAAUCCGAACACCCAUGCUCAGGGCAGACAGCAGGGCCGGCAAGAAAGAUAAAGAUGAGGAGAAGGGGAAAAAGGAAGAUAUAAAAUGUACAGACUCACCCAAGCUCUGUGAGAGAGCCAGCUCUCUGAAGCACAGAGCUCAAACUCCGCCAGUUGCUGUGAUGAAGGGGGAGAAGCAGUCCUCCUCCUCUCCUGCCAAGGCCUGUUUUAAGUCCAGCUGUCUCAGCUCAGCCCAGGCUCAGCUUGGGGCGCUACACAAAAUGCUCUGCUCAGGACCCAACGCCAGGCCCAACACCCCCAACAGCCAACACACUCUCCCUCCAAACCAGCAGGGUUGCUCUGGAGCCAGGGGCUGCUGUGCUUCUGGGGAGCGGCCUAUAGCUGGGCCCCUGACUGCCACCCAGGCUGACACACUGAGACAGGUCCAGGAAAUUCUGGGAGGGCUGGUGUCUGGGGCCAGGUGUAAACUGGACCCAUCCAGGGUGACAGAAAAGCUCCUGGGCCCCAACGGACCCUUGCAUGAUAUUCGUAACCUGCAGACCCAGCUCCACAGCCUGGAGGGGGUCCUGGAGACCAGCCAGAACACCAUUAAGGUCCUGCUGGAUGUCAUUCAAGACCUUGAGAAGAAGGAAGCCGAGAGAGACGGAAGACAUUCAUACCGAACCGGACAGGACAUUGAGAACUGUGGGACCUGCAGGGACUGCGCCUGCAUCAUCUACAGUGUAGAGCAUGACUUUCGCCUGCAGGAAGGGCAGGUGGUUCGCACAUGGAAGGUGGGCGACCCUCCGGAGGGCUCGCCACAGACGCCGACUCCCCAGCCCUCCACGCCCGACCAACAAGACUCCCCUCAGCAGGUGCGACCCCCUGCCACCACCAAGAAGAACAGGAAGAAAUGCUUCUGGUUCCUCUGAGUUCUAGAGGUUGGAGAAAAAGACACUUUGAUACUACAAUGCACUGCGUGAAAAAAAACUACAAAAUGAUAAACUAUGGAGGUUUCAACUGGAGAAUUAAAAUGCAAACAUGAAACUGUGGGAGGAGAACGGGUUACAAAGGCUAUGAUGAUGUUACCGUUGGAG